GUUGCCCAAGAUCACGAGAGAUGAAGGGGAAGGUUUUCUUUGCCACGGGGGCACCAAUAAUGUUGAGGCAUGAAGGCGAAAGAGGAUUUCUGGAUGUUCACCUCUUCCUCCUCCUCCUCCUCUUCUCCACAAACCCUGCUCCCUUCUAGCACUGAUGAUGUUACCUAGUUGGGUAAUGAAAUAUCUGCAAGAAAACAACCAAGCUCAGAGAGCAUCCAGGACCUCUCAGUUCUCCCUCUCCUCCCCUGCCUCCUCCUUCACUCUCAGUCUAAGGCAUGGAUGGUCAGCCAAGAUGUCAACCCAUGUCUCUCUUUGCCCCUCAGCCAGGAACUGGGCCAGAGGCCAGCCUGCCACUCAGUCCUCCACGUAUCCGCAGUGGGGCACCGUCUACAGCCGAGUAGAGAGCGCCGUGGAUGGCAACCGUGAUGGGGACUGGCGCCACGGCUCCUGCAGCCACACCCUGGCGGAGGAAGAGCCCUGGUGGAGCCUGGAUCUGGGCGCCUCCUACGCCAUCUCAGCCGUGGUGGUGAAGAAUCGCCAGGAGUGCUGCUCGGGACGGCUCCAGGGGGCCCAGAUCCACGUGGGAGACUGUGGGGCCCACCACGGCAAGUGCAACCCAAUCUGUGGGUCCAUCUCCAAUGGCAGUGCCGGCUCCCUCAGCAUCAUCUGCUGCGACGGACGGCGAGGACGCUACGUGACGGUGGCCAUCCCUGGCCGAGCAGAGUACCUGACGCUCUGUGAGCUGGAGGUCUAUGGCUUCAGAGUGGGGACAGGGUCUGACCCAAAGGCAUUUUCAGCUGUGGGGCCAGAGCACACAGUUCUCCAGGGGAUGAAGCUCAUCAUCUGGGGGGCUCUGCUGGCUGUGACCCUCUUGGCAGGCCCUGCAGAAGCUCAGAGUUGCAGACCCCUACCUACAGGCGCAGAGGGAAGAAACUUGGCCUUAGGGAAGCCGACCAGCCAGUCUUCCAUCCAUCAGCAUGACAUUGUUGGGUCAGCAGACAAAGCCGUGGACGGGAACUGCAAUGGGGACUGGUACAACAAGUCCUGCAUCCACACCAAAAACGAGAGAAACCCCUGGUGGUUGGUGGACCUGGGGAAGUCUCACAAAAUCUCGGUGGUGCUGGUGAAAAACCGGGAGGACUGCUGUGGCGAGAGGCUGUAUGAAGCGGAGGUCCACUUAGGAGACUCCCUGGAGGACCAUGGAAGAGCCAACCCUCCAUGUGGGAUUAUCCUGAACACCAGCCCGGGUUCCAUCACCACCAUCUACUGCAAUGGGCAGGAAGGCCGCUACAUCACUCUCCACUUACCUGGGAAGGACUACUUGACCGUCUGUGAAGUGGAGGCCUAUGGCACCAAAGAUCCAGGCAACAUCCAGGCAGCUCAAGGCCCAGGGAUUGAGGUAAAGGUAACGGAGAGACGCUGCCAAGGAUGCCUGGAGGACUGCAAUGGGGUGAGCGGAGCCUUUGGGAUGAAGCUCAUCAUCUGGGGGGCUCUGCUGGCUGUGACCCUCUUGGCAGGCCCUGCAACAGUUCAGAGUUGCAGACCCCUACCUAUAGGAGUAAAUCCAAAGAACUUGGCCUUAGGGAAGCCGACCUACCAGUCCUCCAUCUACCCCAAUCAGUAUGGUGGACCACCAGAGAAAGCCGUGGAUGGGGACUGCCACGGGGUCUGGACCCAUGCCUCCUGCACCCACACCAACCUGGAGAGAAACCCCUGGUGGUUGGUGGACUUGAGGGAGUCUUAUAAAAUCCACACAGUGGUGGUGAAAAACCGCGAGGACUGCUGUGGCGAGAGGCUCUUUGGAGCUGAGGUCCACUUGGGAGACUCUCUGGAAAACAAUGGAAGAUUCAACCAUCUCUGUGGGAUGAUCCAGGACACCAGCCUGGGCUCCAUCACCACCAUCUACUGCAACAAUAAUCGAGGUCGCUACAUCAGUGUCCACUUGCCCAGGGAGGACUACUUGACCAUCUGUGAAGUGGAGGUCUAUGGCACUCAGAUGAAGCUCAUCGCCUGGGGGGGUCUGCUGGCCGUGACCCUCUUGGCAGUCCCUACAGUCCCUCAGAGUUGCAGGCCCCCACCUGGAGAUGCAGAGGCAAAUAAUUUGGCCUUAGGGAAGCCGACCUCCCAGUCCUCCACCUUUUCUAAUGAGUAUGGUGGACCAGCAGAGAAAGCCGUGGAUGGGGACUGCAACGGGACCUGGACCCAUGCCUCCUGCACCCACACCAACCGGGAAAGAAACCCCUGGUGGUUGGUGGACCUGGGGGAAUCUCAUAAAAUCUACGCGGUGGUGGUGACAAACCGGGAGGACUGCUGUAGCGAGAGGCUGUAUGAAGCGGAAGUCCACUUAGGAGACUCCCUGGAGGACCAUGGAAGAGCCAACCCUCAAUGUGGGAUUAUCCUGAACAUCAGCCCCGGUUCCAUCACCACCAUCUACUGCAACGGGCUGGAAGGCCGCUACAUCACUCUCCACUUGCCCAGGGAGGACUACUUGACCCUCUGUGAAGUGGAGGCCUACAGCAGCAAGUAGAGAAGAUCGAUGCUCCCACGAAAUGCCAAUUGCUCUCCAAAUAAAUGGGCUCCUCAGAGGCAUUCUCACAUUUCGUCUGUUCAUUCUUUGGUCCAAAGGGAGGCCUUUGUGUCUGUCAGGGGAGCCCUUCCGUGAUCGAGAUCACUCAGGGAGCACCAAGGACUCCACAAUUCAGCCCGGAGCUGGUGAGAUUCCCUUCAAUGGGCAGCGCAUCUGGCAACCUGCCUUUGGUAGGCACCAGCUAGUGCUCCGAAGCAAUCUGAGUGUUGAUGUGAGAGCACAUCCAUCCUCAUCUGUGGAAAUUCAGCAUCAUUUUGAGCCAUUCUCCUUCCCUCACAGCCCAAUAUUUACCUGACAGGGUCCUUUCCUUUCAGCCACAGUGAAUGGAGAUUUCCCAGGAAGCCCCCUUGCUUUGCCUGGAGGAAAAUUGGGAGGUAAAUCCAACCAACUAGCCAAGGUGGCCUUGUUUCCCCUCUUGGACCAAGGAAGCAGGUGGCACUUCAGGUAUCCCCCUCCCCCUCAAUCCCUAAUUCUCACGUUUUGUGAGGGCCCCCCGACUCUGUGGCUGCUGGCCCCCUGGUUGGUUUCAUGGCAGUCAGCAGAGUUAGAGUUCAACAGUGGCUGAUAUAAUACUAGAAUAACAGAGUUGGAAGGGACCUUGUAGGUCAUCUAGUCCAACCCCCCACCCAAGCAGGAGACCCUACUACACCAUUUCUGACAAGUGGAUAUCCAGUCUCUUCUUGAGAGCUUCCACCUUCUGAAGGCACCUUCUGUUCCAUGGGUUGGUUGUUCUGUCAGAAAAUUUCUCAUUUCCAUGUUGAAUCUCUCCUUGAUCAGUUUCUAUCCAUUACUCCUUCCAGUGCUCUAGAGAAUAGCUUGAGCACACACACCCCGCACCUCCUCUCUGUGGCAGCCCCUCUCAAAUAUUAGAAAAUGGCUAUCAUGUCUCCCCUGGUCCUUCUCUUCACUAGACUUAGCCAUGCCCAGUUCCUGCAACCGUUCAUUUGUUUUAGCCUCCAGUCCCCUCAUCAUCUUGGUUGCUCUUCUCUGCACUCUUUCUAGAGUCUCAACAUCUUUUUUGUAGUGUAGUGACCGAAACUGGAUGUGGUAUUUUAGGUGUGGCCUUAAGCAGGUGUCUUCAUAUAUCAGCUUCUCUUUAGUUCUUUCUAUGCAAGAGGGGUUCCCCAGACCAGAAGGCACUCCCAUCUCCCCACCAAUAAAGGCACCUGCUGCUCCCUAGUGGAGGAUCCGUGCUACUGGUGUUCUUGACUUGAGCACUCCAGCAGAAGUGGGAGAUAUUGGCUAGCACUUCCUAGGUCCAUAUUUCUGUCAAUUUAUGAAUGGACCUUGGUCAAUAUUUAAUCCUAUCAGAGAGGAUUGUCUCACCUGGCACCCCCAGCCUCACUGGGUUAUCCCGAGGAGCCCAGGACCAAGACUCCCCUCCCUCUCACCCACCAGGGCCCUCUGACCUCCCAUACUGGUUGGUCAGCUCUCUGGCCAACCCCUCUUCACCUGUGAAGAGCCACUGGAAAUGUUGUUGAGGAGCACAAGAAUAGACCAUGGCUGUUGCAAGAUGCCUGGACUAUAAAACAGGGUAGAGGCAGGAAAAGGAAGCAAGAUGGAAUCUACAGCUAGACUGGAGGGAGGCAUUAAGAGAGGGCUGAGCUUGGCAUCUUUGCACUGCAAAAAGCCCCACAGGGCUGACCUCCCCCAGAAUCCCCGAAGCCUUUCCCAAGGGAAUGCAGCCAGCCUGGUGAGAUCCGUGUAUCAUAGGUGACUAGCAAUGAAACUGAUGAUGGUACCUAGUUUGGGUAAAGAAAGGUCUGCAUAAAAAGAGCCAAAGCCAGAGAGCUCCAGGGACCUCUAAUAAACCUCUUUGAGAUGCUUCACGAGUAGUUCUGGUUGCUUGCUCUUAAUACAAGGGUAGAUUAAGAGAGUUGGAAGCGACUUUGGAGAUCUUUUUAGAAUUAGAAUAGGAUAAAGUUAGAAGAGACCUUGGGGGUCUUCUAGUCCAGACCCCUGCUCAAGCAUAGUUUGACCCCCUCCUCUUUGCGCUAGCCCCUCAAAUACUGGAUUACCGCUAUAUAGAAUAUAGAGAAUGGAUGGGAUGGGAUGGAAUAGAAUAGAAUAGAAUAGAAUAGAAUAGAAUAGAAUAGAAUAGAAUAGAAUAGAAUAGAAUAGAAUAGAAUAGAAUAGAAUAGAAAAUAGAAUGGAAUAGAAUAGAAUUCUUUAAUGGCCAAGUGUGAUUAGACACAAAAGGAAUUAGUUUUGGGUAGAGAACCACUCAUUACACUUGCAAGACAACACAGAAAAUAAUAAUUACAUUCAAAAUGUGCAACCAGCCGAAAGGGGAAAGAGCAGUGGUGAGAUUCAAGUAAUUUAACAACCGGUUCUCUGCCAUAACGAUUUCUUCCAACAACCAGUUUGCCAAACUGCUCAGAAAGUUAACAACCGGUUCUCCUGAAGUGGUGCGAACUGGCUGAAUCCCACCACUGGGAAAGAGGUAAUACAAGGAUAAAUAAUACUGCAGUAUUUAAUACUUAUCAAGUCAGACCCCAUCACAGCCACUAUUCUGCAUGCAACGAUCCAGGUUCACGACUGGGAGAAGACCAGAACAUUUCCAGGUUUUCUCCAUUUGUUCACAGACAGAAACAGCCAGCCUGAGAAUCUGCCAGGCCUCACCUUUCAGCUUCAACGUUGCCAUGUUUUUAAAAAUCUUCCCUGCGUAAUUGUCUCUCUCGCUCCCACCUCUGCCAUUCUCUAGAACAAGCAAAGCAAAGCUUUGUGUACUGUGCACUUCCUUCCGCACAUCCUUGAGUUUGUCCUGAAAUGGAUGCUAAAUAAACAACUCUUAACACAUGUGCGCACCUAACUAAGCUUUGCUUGAAACAUGUUCAGCUCAAAUAAUCAGCUUUUCUUGCCUGGCCUCCCCCAAAAGAGGAGCCUGAAACCCGGUCAGUGGAGAACAACCUGUUGAUGCAAUGAAACCAGCGUUGCAGGCGCUUCCCUGCUGGUCUCACCACCAUGAAAGCUCAGAACUUGGUGCAGCUCUGGGCUUGGUCAAAUUCCGUUUGUCUUCUUCCACUGAUACUCCGGCCAUCACUUCUGCCCAUCGCCGUGAGGUUCUCCCGGGACUCAGAGGCUGCCCAGGAAGAGUCAUUUCAGAAUAACAGAGUUGGAAGGGACCUUGGAGGUCUUCUAGUCCAACCCUCUGCUCAAGCAGGAAAUUCUAAACCAUUCUGGAUAAAUGGCUGUCCAAUCUCAACCGAACAUAUGAAGAAGAGCUGAAGGCCGCUUUUGAAGCAUCCUGGUCUUCCGUAACACCUCAGGACUGCCACAGGCGGAUAGCAUCCAUGCCACACCGCAUUGAGGCAGUAAUUGAUGCAAAAGGGGCCCAAACCAAGUACUAAGUACAUAAGCAUGCUUAUACUUUUCAAAGGUCUGAUAUCGUUCUAUGUACAAUCCUUGUUCUAUUGAUUUCAUGUAAUAUUCUAAUUUUCUGAGAUUGUGAAUUUGGGGUUUUCAUGAGCUGUCAGCCAUAAUCAUCAAAAUUAUGACAAAUCAAGGCUUGAACUAUCUCGAUUUGCAUGUAAUGAGUCUAUCUCAUAUAUUAGUUUCACCUUUUAAGUUGCAUUACUGAAAUAAAUGAACUUUUGCACGAUGUUCUAAUUUUUUGUGUUUCACCUGUAAAACUAAAAAGUUGAGGUUUUAUGUAAUUACUUCAAUCCACUGCACCAAAAACAGUCAGAAAUUUCCUUUUUCCCUUUAAUCUACACUUUCCUCUCUCCCCCUUUUCCUCUCUUAUUUUCCCAGUCUUCAUUUUUCUUUAUAUUCCUCUAUUUAUAUUUUGAUAAACUAAUAACAUAGUUGGCAUCCAUGAACAGCUCUCCAGACUGCCUCUGUCCAUUCGUUCUGGUCAGUCGUGCAGAAAAGCCCAGAGGGUCACCUGCAUUUCCCUCCCUUGUGCGCUUCCAAACUGGUCUCCAGCAGGGAACAAAACUUCAAGAGAGUUGUAAGUUGUCCCAGGGACUUUGUGUUUCUUCCUGGAUGUUUGUGUGCAAAUCCAGAGCAGGCAGGUCAACCGAGAAUAAAUUCUCUGACAUGCCUUUCUUCUCCCAAACUUCUUUCCAGCUAGAAAUGUGGCCAGAGGGUGUCCAGCUUUCUAAUCGUCCACCUAUAUAAGCCAGUUCAAUUCAGUAGCCAGAAAAGCCGUGGAUGGGAACUGCAGCAGGCGCUGGAUUGGGCAGAAUACUUGCACCCACACGAAGCAACAAAGGGAGCCCUGGUGGUACAUGGAUCUGGGAAGCCACUAGGCCAUUUCUUCCGUGGUGGUGAAAAACCGUGAGGACUGCUAGGACUACUGUGGAGAAAGGCUCCAGGGAGCAGAGAUCCGCGUGACCGACUGCAUGCCCAACUGUGGCCUAUCCAAUCGUCUGCAAGUUCCUCUUGGCCCAUUCCACAGAUGGUGGUUAAUCAGGAGGGCAGGUGGCUAGGAAAAGGACGCCAAUUUGGUAGCACCCAAGACAUCAUAGAUAAGGGCGGUGCUUAGAGAGGGAGGGGAGGCUAAAAUGCUUAAGACUUCCAUAUUUGGGAACAUCUUUUUUAGGAUCCAAUCUGGAUCAGUGACCGGGACCAGAGGUUUUGCCUUCUGAGCUUUCAACUCAUGACAGAGCCCAUCUUUGGGAAAUUUCUCUCACUAUUGCUGUUUUGUGUGUGUGGUAUUUAUCUUGCCUGUUGAUGGCUGGCAUUGAAGUCAUUGGCUGUUGUUCGGUCCUCACCUUCCAAGUACUUGAUAGGCUGAUGGUAAAUCAGCACUCCGGUUGACUGACGAUGGGACCCUUCCCCAGGUUUCAAUUACUUGGCUGUUUUUGUGCCUGCUCAUCCAACAACUUUAGUAGCUGCAAAACUGAACGUGUGUCCUUGUGAGGCUACCAAAGAGAUUGGAUCUCUUCAUCUGACUGCUUGUUUGUGUUCUUGCAAUCUGGUGGUUGGCUUCCUCCCCGUCCGUCCUACGUAGUCACAGGGGGAUCAAUGUGUAUCUUUUUUAGGAAAGCAUUUCUUAAUUUUAUUUAGUGUACGGCAUCUAGAGAGGUCACACAAUCAUGAUAUAUGAAGAUAACUUUAAAUAAAGCAUCAGCAAAAUUAGAAAGGAUAGAUGGAUGGAUAUGGGUUUUUUAAAUUUUAAAUGAAAAAAUUAAAAUGUGACGGGGACAUUAGGGCACUUACACAGGAACCUCUUAAAUAUGGGAUGUAGUCCACAGAAGGCAAGUUAGAAUUAAAACUGUGGAAGUUAAUAGCUGGGACAACUGAAUCAGGUAGGAUAUUCCAUAA